AUGAGCAAGACGUUCAGCGUGGUGUUCGUGACGUCGGAGGCGGCGCCAUUUUCGAAGACGGGGGGCCUGGGCGACGUGGCGGGGUCCUUGCCGCCGGCGCUGGCCGCAAGAGGGCACCGCGUGAUGGUGGUGGUGCCCAGAUACGCGGAGUACGAGGGACCUAAGGACACAACGAUAGAGGUUGACUUGAUGGGAAACACUGUGCGCUAUUACUUACACCAAUGGAAAGGGGUGGACUGGGUGUUUGUGGAUCACCCAUCGUACAUGAGGCCAGGAGGCAUCUAUUCAGAUGCCUAUGGAACCUAUGGUGACAAUCAGUUUCGGUACAUGCUGCUUUGCCUAGCAGCCCUUGAAGCACCGCUGCAGCUUCCCAUUAAUGGCAGCACAUAUGGGGAGGACAUUGUGUUUAUGGCCAAUGACUGGCAUGCGUCCCUUGUGCCUGUCUACCUGGGAGCUAAGUAUCGGCCAGGAGGAGUCUACCAGGAUGCCAGGACCAUCUUGGCGAUCCACAACUUGAGACACCAGGGUGUGUAUCCGCCAUACACUUUCGGUGGGCUGGGACUUCCUGGCAAUUGGUACCAGUGUUUGGAGUUUCAGUAUCCUCCCCACCAGAGACAGGGCAGCUAUGAGGAAGAAGGCAGGAGUGUGAACCACUUGAAGGCUGGCAUUACAACUGCGGACAGGGUGGUCACAGUGAGCCCUGGCUAUGCAGAUGAAAUUCAGACACCCCUGGGUGGAUGGGGAAUGGAGUUCCUGAUAGCUGACCGCAGCUAUGUGCUGAACGGCAUCGUCAAUGGCAUUGACAUGCAUGAGUGGAACCCUGAAACUGACCAGCACCUUGCCAAGAGGUAUGGCAUCAGCAAUUUCUCUCAAGGCAAGAAUGAAAACAAGCUGGCACUGCAGAGAGAGCUGGCCCUGGCUGAGGACCCCAACGUGCCAAUGAUCGCGUUCAUUGGGCGCCUGGAUUAUCAGAAGGGUGCUGACGUGCUGCUUCAGGCGGCGCCGUGGAUAAUGUCCCAAGGGGUACAAUUGGUGUGCCUGGGCAUGGGGGAUCCUGCCCUGGAGAAUGGCCUCCGCUGGCUGGAGGGCUUCCCCAAUGGGCGUGGCUGGGUGGGCUUCAAUGUACCCCUCAGCCACAGACUCACCGCUGCAGCAGACAUCCUCCUCAUGCCCUCCCGCUUCGAGCCCUGUGGCCUGAACCAGCUGUAUGCAAUGCGAUAUGGUACAGUUCCCGUUGCGCACUACACAGGGGGACUCAAGGAUACGGUCGUCAAUUUCAAUCCUUGGACAGAUGGUGGCACAGGCUGGACAUUCUCCCCCUGUGAGGCUGGUGGCCUGAUCCAGGCGGUGGACAACGCACUGCACACCUACAGAGAACACCCAGACUCGUUCAAGAGCAUUCAGAAGCGUGGGAUGGUGCGGGACAGCUCCUGGGACAAGGCUGCCCAACAGUAUGAGCAGGUCUUCACAUGGGCCAAGAUAGACAAGCCCUACGUAGGGUAG